AUGUUUAAAAAAUUGUUCACCAUAAUCUAUCUUCCGGAAAUACCUGGUUUAGUAGAAUUAGAUAAAAACUACGGAGAAACUUUAAUUUUUCUAUUUCAUACCACAUUUUAUGUAACUCAACCGCCGAUCAACUGGGAGUUCGCAAUACAAAAUCUUUUCGAACUAUCUUUUGUUUUGAUGAUGUUUUCUAUGUACUUCAUACUUGGAAAUAUGCAACGCGAGAUUCACGAUUAUACUUCGAUGACUGUCAAUUUUUGGGAUAGUAUAACGGAUUCUGACCAAAAAGAGUACUUUGAAAAGUGUGAAUAUAUUGGUCGCAAAGUACUAAUGAUUCUCUCUACAUACGUUUUGGUUGCCUUGAGUUUCACAGGAACUAUGAUACUGUUCUCGUUGAGCGUAAAUAAUUAUUUUCUCUUAUUAGAGAUGAUCAUUUCAUUUUUCUCAAUAAUUUUUACAGCAUUUUUAACCGCUCAUUUCGGACAAAUAGUGAUAAAUGCAAGCGAUGAUAUAUUUUAUGAUUGUUACUUUUGUGGAUGGUACAAAUUUCCUUCAAACACUAAACCAUACAUAAUAAUGAUGAUGAUUCGAGCACUCAGCCCUUGUGAAUUAAAAGCAGGCCCGUCUGCGGUCCUUACCAUGAACUAUGAAAAUUUUAGUGCGGUAAGUUAUGAUCAGUUUCACGUCCAGUUCAACAAACUAAAACCCAUUUAA